CAUGGUGCCAGACUUUAGUGUUGCACUCUUAAGUGGCCUGCCAACUGCAGAGGGGGGCAGAGAGGCUUCCUUCUUCUCAGGAUUCACAUCCAUGCCAAGCCAGCGGGUCUACAUUGUCCUGUACACUGCCUCCUAUGCCUCUUACACCUCCUGCUGAGCCGGACCCUGAACCAAAGAUGAACUGGGCAUCAUUUUAUGCUGUCAUCAGCGGCGUGAACAGACACUCCACAGGCAUCGGUCGCAUCUGGCUCUCUGUCCUGUUCAUUUUCCGCAUACUGGUUCUGGUGGUUGCAGCAGAGAGUGUGUGGGGUGAUGAGAAGUCUGGCUUCACCUGCAACACCCAGCAGCCCGGCUGCAACAGCGUCUGCUACGACCACUUCUUCCCCAUCUCGCACAUCCGCCUCUGGGCGCUCCAGCUCAUCCUGGUCUCGACUCCUGCCCUACUGGUAGCCAUGCAUGUGGCCCAUCGCCGCCACCACGACAAGAGGCUCUACAAACUAUCAGGGCGGACCAACCCCAAAGACCUGGAGCAAAUAAAGACCCAGAAGAUGAAAAUCACAGGGGCUCUCUGGUGGACGUACGUCAUCAGCCUGCUGUUCCGCAUUGUCUUUGAGGUCACCUUUAUGUAUUUGUUUUAUAUGAUCUACCCUGGUUACAAGAUGAUCCGGCUGGUGAAGUGUGACUCGUACCCCUGUCCCAACACAGUGGACUGUUUUGUGUCCAGGCCCACAGAGAAGACUGUCUUCACCGUGUUCAUGCUGGCUGUGUCAGGGGUCUGUAUUCUACUCAACAUUGCAGAAGUGGUCUUCUUGGUGGGGAAGGCCUGCAGUAAGCAUUUGCACAAUGCUGGAGACUCGACUAUGGGGGCUUGGAUCCAACAAAAGCUCCGGUUGUUCUAACAAAACACAUAGAUUUCAUACCUGCAGAAAUGGACAUAUAAGUGACUUUGGAUCCAGGUAACAGGUCAUUAAUUUAAAUUGUGAGUAAGGUUCAUAUAAUAAACUGUACUACAAAGCAUUCAAGCUCAGACAAGUUUCACACCAGUGUACAAUACACAUGUUCUUAGCAUGUUCGUCGCAGACUUAAUGUCAUACUUCAAAGGAUUCCUACAGGAAGUACUGUCUACUGUAUCAACAUUCUGCCAUGAAUGAAAAAAACUGUACACAGCAGCACUGUAUUGGUAUAACAUAAUAGCUUGAUGUAAUACAAAUUAACUAACAUUUUAUGAAGCAAUAUUCCAACUGAUCACAUUAUAAGCUGUCAUGUCAGAUUUUGGAAGAUUGGAAGAUUUUCUGUCUUGAAAUGAAAUUAUUUAAAUUAUGAAAUGUCACUUCUUAACACACGUUAUUUGAAAUAAUCCGCUUGUGUCAGAAACAUGUGUUGGAAAUAUGAUGUUGUGAUAUUUAUGGGAUUUUAAGCUAUAAUAUUCUUUUAUUUACAUCAGAUGUGAUCACAAACAUCAUGCUUUUGCCAAAGUCACCAUGAAUUGGAAUCGAAUGGACUGGAGGAUUUAUGGCUUUUCUUUAGCUGUUGUAAGUGAGUUGUUACACUAAUACGUGGAAAACAUGUUGCAUUUCAUAAAUUUUAAAUAAUACAGUGUUUGUUUAAUAUGGAUUCUUUACUUUAGGUAAUAAAUGGAUCUUUCAGAUAGAAACAUAGCAAAAACUGACAACAACAACCAAAAAAAACUUGAAUUGCUAAUUGUUUUCUGAAGUUUACUACUUUUUGCUAUUGCAGUUGCUACACGUUAUUUAAAUUCAUUCAUAUUGAAGCGGGAUGUAUAUAUAAUGUCACAGCAGAAUAAAAUCACCCAGAGUUUGUGUAA